AUGGCAUCCAAAGUCGACAUACCCCCGAAGUUGGUGCUCAAGGGUACCCCAAAAGAAAUUGGUCUUGAACAUGGCCGCCAGCUGCAGCAUCAAAUCAAAGACCAGCUGGAGAUAUACAAAGAGAUGUUCGAGUACAUGUCCAAAAUGGACUGGUCGCAGGUGCACAAGCUUGCCGCAGAUUUUCGGGCAACAUCAGAGCAAAAUACUCCCGGCAUUCAUGCGGAGAUGCAGGGCAUUGCGGAAGGCGCAGGCGUGGAGAUGCUUGACAUUGUGGCACUGAAUUGUCGGAGUGAGAUCUCUUUGGGCCAUUUUUCGGAUGGGUGUACAAGUCUCUCGUGGAAGAAGGGCGAGAAAGGCAGGGUCUUGUCGCAGAAUUGGGACUGGACCACGCGGGUUGGCAAGAACCUGGCGAUGGUGCAGAUUGAACAGCCUGAUAAGCCCGCAAUUUACAUGGUGACCGAGGCAGGGAUUGUUGGCAAGAUUGGAUUCAACAGUGCCGGAGUUGGCGUCUGCUUAAAUGCCAUAAAAGCACCCGUAUGUGACAGUUCCAAAGUUCCUAUCCAUGUGGCGCUUCGACUGUGUCUGGAAAGUGUUUCUGUGGACACGGCACUAGAACAACUUAAUUCCCUGGGGGGUGCAGCCUCUAGCCAGCACAUUCUUUUGGCCGAUAGUUCAAAGGCGCUAGGGCUUGAGCUGUCUCCCAACGGCGACGUAUAUCUCCAAGAGGACGCCAACGGGAUGGUUAUACACACCAAUCAUUUCAUCGAGAAUGGGUCUGUCCAGGAGCCACCGUGGCUUCCCAGCUCUCCAGUACGCUUGAAGCGGUGUCAACAGCUUUCUCGUGAACUCCUCGAAUCAGGUGUUGCUGGGAACAUGAUCACCCCGGCCCUUCUCCGAGAACAGAUCUUUGCAGACAGAUACAAUGCGCCAGGGGCCAUCUGCGGCUCUGAGGACCCGUCACGACAUCCUAUACGACAGACCUCUACUCUGUUCAACAUUGUGAUGAAUCUAGAACCGGGCAAUCUGGGGGCGGAGGUUGUGUUUGGACGACCUGGGUAUGAGGAAGAGAGUGCUGUAGUGAAGCUGCCUUGGACAACUGGAACCCGAUGGUCAUCGUGGUUGCUUCGCUUAUUUGGUCUCUGA